GAACUAGCUGCUGUGACCCAGCGAUUCUUGCCUCAUCCGCCAUCCGCCAUGGGAUUCCUUGAGGAGGCGACGCCCAUGUCAUGGGACGAGAGCGUGAAGCAUCACGAAGCCUUGAAGGCGAAUGGCAUCGAGCAGUUUCUGACGAUCUUGCACGCCAACGCCUCGCGACACGAUGAUGAGAUGUUGUGGGGCGAUGAGCAGGAGUAUGCGCUGGUCGAAGUUGGCCCGGGUCCAGAUGACGUGCGGCUGCUCCUCCGGGCAGAUGCGGCGUUGCAAGAACUGCGCACAAGAAGCGAGGGCUACAAGGCCGAAAAUGCCACAUCCUGUGCCCUGUGGAGUCCGGAGAUGGGAAAUCACAUGGUGGAAGGUGUCACUAAGCCUCCCUACAAGUCUUCACUGGAUGAACUUGCCUCGGUGGAGGAGUCACUGGCCUUCCGACGAAAAGAGUUGUUGGAGGUGGCAGCUUCCUUGGGAACAGAGAGGAACUGGCAGGGUUUGGUAUGGACCUUUGCCAACUUCCCUCUCUUGGGCACUGCUGAUGGACAGGCACCCGCUGAGCCUCCGUUCCCCAAACGCUCGGAUGGCCUGGGGUCCCGCUCCCGCUUUGUGCCCGAUGAGGUGAUCACGCCCCACCCCCGCUUCCAAGCCUUCGUGGCCAACAUCCGACAUCGCAAGGGUGCCAAGACCUGCGCGCUGCUCCCCUUGGCAGCGGAUGCCUCGGGAUCCUUUGCGCCCAAAGCUGCUGAGGUACCAUCCCAGAGUCCUUGGGACUUGGAGGACACGCACGUUUGCUGCGCGUCCAUGGAAAGUCAGUCGGAAGUGAUCUCGAAGUUGGACGACUUAUCCAAAUCGCUCAGCGCUUCCCAGGCACCUCGUGGUUUGUACCUCUACGGGGGUGUUGGCACUGGGAAGACGAUGAUGCUGGACCUCUUCCAUGAGUCUCUGACUUCCAAGGGCAUUAGCUGUGAUCGACAACACUUCCAUGGCUUUCUGAAAGCUGUAGACACCAGCUACCACAAGAUGCGCAUGGCGAAGCGAGGCCAGUCCAAUCUGCUGGCACGCUGUGCCGAGGAAUACGUCCAAAAGCAUCGAGUCUUGGCCUUCGAUGAGGCGCACGUUCUGAACAUCGGAGAUGCGCUGCUCAUCAAGGCCUUCUUGGAACCCUACUUCAAAGCCGGCGGUGUGGUGGUGGCAACCUCAAACGUCGCGCCAGAUGAUCUAUAUGCAUCUGGUGUGAACCGCGAAACCUUCAUGCCCUUCAUCGACACCCUGCGGAGGCGCACUGUCACAGGAUUCUGA